GUAGAGGCAAUUGAUCUACCACGCUUUACAUCCACCUCGCACCUCGCAUAAAGACACUAUAUCCCUGUCGCAAGAUGGCGAAUUCUACCCCAAAUCUGCCCCCAGUGCGGGCAUGUCUCUUCGACAUGGACGGACUCCUAAUUGACUCGGAGGACAAAUACACCGACAUUACAAACUCUAUUCUCCACGAAUAUGGAAAACCCUCUCUCCCAUGGUCCAUCAAAGCGCAGCUUCAGGGGCGCCCGCAACCGGAGGCCUUCAAAAUCUUCUACCACUGGGCCCAACUCCCCAUCUCGCCGGAAGAAUAUAGCGCCAAACAAGCCGCCCUGCAGAGCAAAUACUUCCCCGAAUCGCAGCCUCUGCCCGGUGUGCGCGAACUCUUGAACAAGCUUGUCUCAACGCAGAAAACCGAUAAGCCUGUUUACAUCGCAUUGGCUACCUCGUCGCACAGCAGGAACUACAAGUUGAAGUCCGACCACCUGCAGGAUCUCUUCGCGGCGUUUCCCGAGUCCCAGCGUGUUCUGGGUGAUGAUCCCCGGAUUGGGAAGGGAAGGGGCAAGCCCUUGCCGGAUAUCUACUUGAUUGCGUUGGAGACCAUCAAUUCUAAUUUGCGGCAGAAGGGGGAGAAGGAAAUUACUCCCGAGGAGUGUCUUGUUUUUGAGGACGCCGUUCCUGGUGUUGAGGCGGGGAGAAGAGCUGGUAUGAGGGUCGUUUGGUGCCCUCACCCUGGCCUGUUGGGGGCUUAUAAAGGCCGAGAGGCCGAAGUAUUGGCUGGUUUGACUGGUGAACAUAAGGAGGAGGAGAAGUCUACGGCUGAACAUGAGGCGGAUGAGCUCGUUGCGGGUAGAUUGGGGCGGAGCUCGGGGAAGCCUGGCCAGCUUAAUGAUGGGCUUGGUGAUUUGGUCCCUACUUUGGAAGACUUCCCUUACGAGAAAUAUGGCAUUCAACCUGCAUAAACUAGUGGAUAGAAACAUUAGCCUGAUUACCAGGGCUUGAAACUGUACAUGAAAUCCAAGAUACCCAUGCGGUGUUGCGUGAAUGAAUUAAAGUCGUUUUCAGAGUUUACCAAACGAAGCAAAAG